AUGACGAGAUCGUCUUGCUACACCACGCUUGUAUAUACGGCCGAGUACGUUCUGGGAGCAAUGGCCCUGGGACACCGGCUGGCCAAGCUAGACGAACGCCCCAGAGUCGCACUUGUUACUCCUCAACUCAGCCAUGAGGUCCGCGACCAAUUAAGCACCAUUUGGCGGCUCCACGAGGUUCCUGCGUUGACCACAGGCAGCAGUGAGGAGCUGACGCUUUUAGGCCGUCCAGAAUUGGACGUGAGCGUCACCAAGAUCUAUGCUUGGACAUUGCCCUAUGAUCAGGUUGUCUACCUGGAUGCCGAUACCCUUCCCCUAAAACCACUCAGCGACCUAGAUGCGGAAAUCGACCUAGGCUCAAUUGCGGCUGCACCAGACGUCGGUUGGCCCGAUAUCUUUAAUAGCGGUGUAUUUGCCUGCCGCCCAGACACAGCCACGUUCGAGGGCCUCAAGGAUCUGAUCAAAACAUCGACUUCGUUCGACGGCAGCGACCAGGGCCUGCUGAACGAGUUCUUUGCACAAGCUUGGAACAGACUGCCCUUUGUGUACAAUGUGACUUUAUCGGCCUCAUACCAAUACGAGCCUGCGUAUCGGAGGUUCAAAAGCGACAUUCGCGUGCUGCACUUUAUUGGCAAGAACAAGCCCUGGAAGCCGGCCAGUCUUCAAGCUGACUCGGUGGCUGCCAAUGAAAUGAUGUACUUGUGGAAAAAGGCUGCCAUUGAAGCUGGUCUGUUCAAACACGAUCUGCCUCCUGAAGCAGAGAGAUCAACCAUUGACUACGAUCCCAAACGAAUUAUCCACCCCGACCCCCAGAGAUGGGAAGGCGAUCGGUUUGCUCCUAUGCGUGGAGGUAAGCCUGAGGGUCGCCCAUUUGCCCGGCCUGCAACUCCGGCUCCUGGGUCACCGAUAAUCAGCGACGAGGCGGAGUCUGACGAGGCUGAAGAGCCCGAGGCGUCCGAUCAGGAGACCACCCCCGUUGUCUACGAAGAGAAUGCAUAUGUUUUCCCGGUGUUUGGGCCCGAGGUUAUCAAGCUGCCCUUUGAGCAUCGCAGGAGAAAACCUGAGCGCGUGUUUUAUUAG